AUGGAUGGACCUGGAUGCAGCGGCGCAUUUUAUUCGGAAGCGUCCAAAUCCUGCGUCACGUGCGUGCUUUUCGCCCCUUCGUUCUUGCCGCGCGAGCGCGAGGGCCGCUUCAUGGCGGGCGCAAGUUGAGAAAUCUCGUUUGUGCUCUGGCGAGACUCACCAGACUUUUGUGCGCAUACGCUUACGCAUACGCAUACACUCAACACUCAUCACUCAAGACGGCGACUCACGCAGGACUUGCAAGCGACCCACUCCACUCACGUUCGCGCAGGCUCACGAUCUUACGCAAAGGUUGGCUUUCUUCUGUCGAGCAGUACCAGCAGCGUGUCCUUGAGUGGCGUGACCGUCCCUGUCGCCAUUACGCCUACACAGCCUUUCGCCAGUCGGUGAGUGUACAACAGACAGCCUUUUGAGGAUCGGAUCAGAGACAGACUUGCGUUGCACUUGCUGAGUUCUGACUCCAUUUUUCGAAGAAGCAAGACAACUCUCGUGGAGAUUUCGCAGCUCACAAUGAUAGCUCGAGGUCGCGCUGCCGUGCUCUUAUUGGCUCGUCGAUGUGCCUGCGGUUCGACUUCAGCCCAGUCCGCCCAACUCUCGAGCGUCGUAUCUGCCAAGCCUACGACCGCCCACCUCUCUCGCUUUUUCUCACAAUUAUCACUUACUAGGCCUGCACAUGAGGAGACCCUUUCAAGCGCGCAGCCAAGCGGCAGCAAGCAUCAACUUUCGCAGCUUAGGUGUGCUUCUUCUGAGGCUGGAACUCGAGAACAAGGGUCCGUAGAGCAGAGCGACGAGGAUGCUUCGACUGCCCAAUCCGAUGCGCUCGCUCAGCAGCAAGGCGCAAUAGACGAAGCGGUGUCAGCGACGACAGGUUCCGGGGGCGCAGCCGCUCGGCCCAUUGCUAUGCCAGGUGCUUCUACCUCCUCCGAUGGGCAAGAUUCAUCCGACGAUGCUCCGUCAUCGCAAGAAAGCUCACCACCUGCCUACUCUUCGCCAUUCUUGUCUCCGGAGCAAAUCUCUCAACAGCGAGCUGCAGCUGCGACACGUCAACUUUACUCGAUGCCCGGAACGUCUGAGCAUGCCUCAUCUGCCACACCUACACGUAUUCGACGUCCCUUCCCUCUGUGGGUAGUGACGACAGGGCACGGCAACACCAAGUUGACCCUGACUCGUCCGAACGGAUCACCCCUGACCUGGACAUCGGGCGGCUCUGCCGGAUUCAAGAAAUCACAGAGGAGCGGCUACGAAGCGGGGUACAGAGCGAGCACAAAGAUGUUUGCCUUGAUCGGAAAGAACAGGAGCAAGUGGGCAGUGGAUAGCGUCGAGAUCGUGCUCAAGGGAAUGUCGGGAACGGGCAGAGAUGCUUUCACUAGAGCUUUGUUGAGUCAGGAAGGUGCGAUGGUCAGACGACUGGCCAAGAGCGUGAGGGAUGCUACACCACUCAAGAUCGGAGGAGUGAGGCCCAAAAAGCAAAGAAGUGAGUGAAAAUUGUCGCGCUCUGUCGUGGAAGCGCAGCGCAGCGCUGUGCUAGGCAUGAGCAUGCACAUGUCUUGCGCAUGCAUGCACGCAUCGUAGUACGCUUGAACAAGAGGGGUGGAAUUUUGGUAUCUCGCCACGAAUACAACGUAGAAAGUGCAUACUGUGUACGAUUCUUCACUGACUCUUCGCUUGCCCCUCUUGCGCGCCUUGACAGACUAUUAG